AUGUUGCAUGACCCGAGGAUGCAUCGGGCAUCGACUUCAACACAUGCAGAACCUCCUCAACAUGAUGAUAUUCAACCCAAUUACAACACUCUAGAAGCAGAAGGAACUAUGGAUGAAAAAAGACAUUCUUCCUUCUCUGAUUUAGGAAUGCCAAACAUUUUUGGAGCGUAUGCCCCAAUUCCACCUUCGGCACAGGGUUUUGAAGGACCUUAUCAACAAUCCCCUUAUUAUAUCCAAUAUCAUAAUGAAACAGUGUCAUCCUCCGACACAUAUAAAGCUCAUGAAGAUGUAGAGCAUCAUGAAGCCCAACCUUUAGAGGAAGAAGCACCUAGACUGCCCCAGGGAAGGAGGAACCCAACUAGGAACAAAAGGCGACCCCGAUUCAUCGACUUUAUGGAGGGUGCAUGUGAGAGCAUUGAUCGAGAGAGUGACUAA